AUGAAAUUCAUAGCUAUCUUAUUACUAGCGGUUAAUGUGAACGCUAUUUCUGAGAAAAGCAUUCUGCGAUCAAUGUUGCUUCAAAAUUACACGAAAAGCGAGAGGCCUGUCCAUAAUGAUGAAGACAUAGUGAAAGUAGAUGUAUUCCUUGAAAUGUUUAAAAUAAUUGAAUUAGAUAUUCAAAAAGCUUUGCUUACAAGCAAAGUUGUGCUUGGUUUAUCAUGGAAAGAUAUCUACUUGCUGUGGAAUACAACAAUGAAAAAUAUAACUUACAUAAGCGUAAAUGUAGAUGACAUAUGGUAUCCUACUGUUUCCAUAUGUAACGAUAUGUCAGGCAAAUUUUCUCAACAUGAAGGAGAAGGAGCCACUGUAAAAUAUGACGGAUCAGUGUCUUUACAUAUGGAUGGAAUUUUCCAAACUCACUGUACAAUUAACAUGCUUAAAUAUCCUUUAGAUGAACAUGAAUGUAAUAUUACCGUCUGCUUAGGUCAUCAGGAGAAUAUAGAGAAAACCAUGCAAAGCUUUUCUUUUAACAAUUUGCAUAAUGCGGAAGCAGAUAAGUGGGAAUAUAAGUUUGCUGUAGGGAACGUUACUGAAAAGGAAAUCAUAUCGGCUAGUGUUACUAUUUUCGCAAAAAGAAAAUUUAUGAGUGAAACAUUAACAUACUUCAUAUUCCCAAUAAUGCUGACAAUACUGAACUUAGGCGUGUAUUUAUUGCCUGCUGAAUCGGGAGAGAAGGUUUCAGUUGCAAUCACAAUUUUCCUUGCCAAUGUUGUCUAUCUGACAGAAACGGCCAAAGUAUUGG